AUGCUUGUCGAAGGAUCGCCUUUAAAUGAUCGUGAAUAUUCAACUGAUGAAGGAGUCGUCAAGGAUCCGCUUUACGAGGAAGUAGUGGAACAUGGAAAUGAAGAGUAUAUACCACCCAAAGAACCUGAAGAACCUGAAGAAGUAACCGCGGAUCCAGCAACAAAAUCAACUCCUGAGUUACGUUCUUCGACGUAUGCAGUACGUGAAGCCAAAGGCCUAUAUGAAGAGAACGAAAAUGAAUUUGAGAAAGGUCCUUCUUUAACUGAAGGAGAUGUUCCCGAUAAUGCUGAUAUCGAUUCAUCAUCUCUCGUGGCAGCAUCUCACCGGCAGAGCAGUAGUGUCGAAUCGAAAAAGCAAAGUGCAGAAAAAGCUUCAAAGUUGCAUGAAGAAAUUACUGGAGAUCCUUUAGAGAUCGGUGAAA